AGUUGUCAGGGAAGUAUGCGUGCGCAUCUUAUUAAGGUUCAUCUGUGGACCGUGUGGAACACCAGUGAUCUCUGCACUUCCAGCGCCAUGCUAUCUAUUCUCUCGUUAGCUGUCCUACUAAUUGUACCUGCAUUCGUAGCUUCAACCGCUUCCCCUGUGCCAAAGCACUCUCACAUUGGUUGUUUCAAUGACGGCACGGUGCCCUUGCUACCCGUCUACUUAGGCGACUUUAGGACCAGUGUGGAUCCCGUCGCUGAGUGCGCACGCGCAACAGACGCUGCCGACUACAAGGCAUUUGGGAUCCAGUUUGGGGGAGACUGCUGGUCAGGAGAGCGGGCGCAAAAGGAUUACAACAAAUCGGGCAAGGCGACGAAUUGCCAUGGGGGACUGGGUGGGGAUUAUGCUAAUGACGUCUACUUCAUACAAGCUCCCCCUACGCUCCCCGCAUCGUGUGACAUCAGCCUGCCAGAGUACACUAGCCCUGACUGCCAAAAGAACCGAUCUAUUGAUCUACGCCAAAUCCAAUCCACAUACAAACUGAUUCCUUCCCGCUUUGGUCUAUUCCCUGAACUGGACAUGCCGGAGAACCAACUCAUUAUUGAAUUGCAUAAAGAUCCUUUACAAGAAGUCUGGUUAAGGCUUUAUCACGAAAUGUUACUCAGAAACCAAAAACUUGCACAUGGAUUCCUAAACAUGACGCAAGGGGAAUCAUUCAACUCCGUGACGGACUACAAGCGCUUGCUUCACUUCAUGGCGAACGCUACAAUUGACUCUACUCCAGAACAUUAUCGCAAGUACUUCCGGUUCCAUUACCAAAGACCCGGCAAACCUUUCAAGAAAUUUACAACCUUGUGUGACUGGAGAGAAGAUCGACUCUUCGCUGAACAGAGACUCGCUGGCCUAAAUCCUUUGAGGCUACAGAGAGUGUCUUACUUUCGCAAUACUGGGGUUAGGUGGAGGUCACUCUCUUGGAAACUGAACUCCACCUUCGACUGGGAAGACGCAAUACAGGAUGCAAUGGGUACAUCCAUGUCACUGGCCAAGGCCCUGUAUUACGGGCACGUGUACGUUGUCCAAUACCCCCUCUUGGAUGGCAUUCCCAAGAGCCCCGUUGACGUCCCUGACGCUAUGCCCCCCCUGAUCGGCAGGGUCGUCAUGGAAGCCGUCUCCCCCAUAGCCAUUUUCGUGUCCAAGCCCUCUCGGCGAAGAGCCAAGCCUAACAUGCUAGUGCCUGUGGCCAUACAGAUGGGACAUACCACAGGUUCUCCCGUGUAUACCCCGGAUGACGGCGACAAAUGGCUUUUGGCCAAACAGACGGUCCAAGUGGCGGACUUCGCGUAUCUUGGGCUACUGGAACACUUACUGAAGCUACAUAUGCUGAUGGAGCCAAUCUGUGUUUGCGUCAAACGCCAUCUCCACCCUCUCCACCCCCUCCACCAAAUUCUCAAGUUUCACUGUCGCGGGGUCGUUGGAACGAAUAAGUUCGGCGGCCAUCUGCUUCUGCACCCUUUUAACGGGACGAUUCAAAAGCUGAUGGCGAUAGGCCUGAAGGGAGGCCUGGAACUGAUGAAAAGAGGGCACAAAGAGUUUCACUGGGAUCACAUAGACUUCAAUAAGGAUCUCGAGAGGCGCGGAGUGCUGAGUAAGUCCAGGCUCCCGUACUACCCCUACAGGGACGACGGCCAGCUUAUCCACAGGGCCGUACAGGCCAUGGCUGGCGAAUACGUAGAUAUAUACUACAAACACAAUGCGGAUGUUGAGGCAGACUACGAACUUCAAAACUUCGCAAAUCAAGUAUCUGCAGAUGGCGCUAAAGAACCAGACGGGGGUACAGCAAGGAUCAAAGGCUUCCCUCCACGCGUAACGUCCCUUUGCGUUCUGAAGAAGAUCAUAACGAGGUUGGUCUGGGCUACGAGCGCUGCCCACAGCGUCGCCAACUACCCGUUCAACUACUACGGCCUGUACACACCCAGUAUGCCGACCAAGCUGUACCACGACCCCAAACAAACGCCGGGGCAGUUUGACAUCUACAACCUACCUAACAAGUUCACUUCAGUGGUCCAGUCAGCUCUGGGGAUGAACCUCGCUUCCAUGUUCUACGACACGCUGUUUGACUACGGCAAGGAGCUUAAUGAUGCCAGAGCACGUAGCGUGGUUACAAAGCACAGUGCUGACCUAAACGGCUGGAUCCUGAAGACGAUUGAGAAACGAAACCGGAAAAGAUACGAACAAAAUCAUCUAUCCUAUCCCUACUUAGUACCCGGAUGGAUCGCGAACAGCAUCCACACUUAGUAGGAUUUGAAGUAUCAUCUACUUUUGAAAUCUACAAUCUGAUAGACAUGUUUUAUCUUGGUGUGAAUAGAUAUACUCUAUGAAUAAAGAGAGAGAGUUUAAAAGGG